AUGUCUGCAUCGACGCCACAUUUGUCAAGAGAAGGCCGUACAGUUCGAGGUCGUACUCCCGCCUCCUCCUCCCGCCGCGUGUCCAACAGUGGUCCAAACAGUACCUCCGCAUCCACAGAGCGAUCGACAGCGAAUGAGCGCAAUCCCAACAAAAUCGGCACACUGGGCAUUUGUGCCUUGGACUCGAAGGCCAGGAGCAAACCCUCGCGUAAUAUUCUGAAUCGGCUGGUGGGCAAGGACAACGACUUCGACGUCAUUAUCUUCGGAGACAAGGUUAUCCUGGACGAAGAUGUGGAGAACUGGCCGGUAUGCGACUUCCUGAUCAGCUUCUUCAGCGACGGCUUUCCACUAGACAAGGCCAUCGCAUACGCCAAGCUGCGGAGGCCCUUCUGCGUCAACGACCUUCCCAUGCAGACCGUGCUUUGGGAUCGUAGGAUCUGUCUUCGCAUACUCGACAAACUUGGCGUGCCCAGUCCCCAGCGGCUUGUCGUGAGUCGGGACGGAGGACCGGUAUUGGCCUCUGCAGAUAUCGCGGAGCGCCUGAAGCAACUCGCAGACGUGGACUUGCACGGCCCCGAGGGCCUCGGAGGAGGUGAAAAGGCACCAUACGAGAUAUAUCUCGAAGACGACAGUGAUACCCUGGUGGUCAAUGGACAGAAGCUGAGCAAGCCAUUUGUCGAGAAGCCGGUCAGCGGUGAAGACCACAACAUCAACAUCUACUACCCCAAGUCGCAAGGUGGCGGUGGUCGCAGACUCUUCCGAAAAAUCAACAACAAGUCAAGCGAGAAAGACGAGAAUCUCGUUGUCCCUCGAGCGGUCACUGAUCAGACAGGAAGUUUCAUUUACGAACAAUUCCUCAAAGUCGAAAACGCCGAGGACGUCAAAGCAUACACCGUUGGCCCCGACUUCUGCCAUGCUGAAACGCGAAAGUCACCUGUCGUCGACGGCGUCGUGAAACGCAAUCCUAACGGGAAGGAGAUUCGAUAUGUGACGUCCUUGUCAAGAGAGGAGCAACUCAUGGCCACCAAAAUCGCAAUGGGCUUUGGACAGAGGGUUUGUGGGUUCGACUUGCUGAGGGUCGGUGACCAAAGCUAUGUAAUUGACGUCAACGGCUGGAGCUUUGUAAAGGACAACAACGACUACUACGACAAGUGCGCCAGCAUUCUCAAAAGCAUGUUUGUGAGGGAGCGGCUACGCUGGGACGGCAAGACGACGCCCAGCGAAGACGGCGAUGGCAAGGAACUUCAGCUGCCCGAUCUCGCCGCGCUUGAGAAGCUGAGCAAUCAUCGAAAGUCGACAUUUUCCAUGGACAAGGAGCGGGCAAGCCAUCGCCAUUCCCUCAAGAGCGUGUUUCGGGCUCGCAGCAUUUCUCAACUCCGCGACCAAGUCAGCACUGCCGCUCUCAAGAUGGGCCACCCUCAAUCCGCACGCAGCCCAGGCGGCACGUCAAGCCCAUUGAGCAACCCGCCGACUCUCGAACGCUCACCAAGCAAACAGAAGAUUCCGUCGAUGUCAAGAGAAAACUUGCUUCCCCCUCCUGCCAUUGCGGGCCACGAAUCUCAUUUGAAGGAGAUGGCGGUUGCCGAUCGAUCGAGUUCAGCUCCUGAGCACGCAGUUGUACAGACCGAGCAAGAGCCACCAAAGACCGUUCCAGCGCCAGCGUCAAAAUCGCAGUGGAGACUGAAAGGCAUGGUGGCGGUGAUUCGCCACGCGGACCGCACGCCGAAGCAGAAGUUCAAGUUCACGUUUCACUCCAAGCCUUUUGUCGAUCUUCUCAAGGGCCAUCAAGAGGAGGUUCUUCUCGUUGGCGAAGCGGCUCUCCACUCUGUCCAGUUGGCCGUCAAGCAAGCGCUGCAGGAGGGGGUUGAAGACCGUACGAAACUGCGGACGCUACAAAACGCCCUUGCAAAGAAGGGGAAUUGGCCUGGCACAAAGGUCCAGAUCAAGCCCAUGUUCAAGAAGCCAAAGGAAGAUGGGGGAAAGGCAAAGGAGAAAGGCGACAAGGGCGUCGAUCCCUCGGACACUGUUCCCAUGGUCGGUCCAUUUGAAGGGGAGGCCGAUUCCCGAUGGCCUGCCAAAGGCUUCAAGGACUUGACGUCUUUUACUGAAACGGACUCUGGUGGACCGGCGCAGGUGCGGGUGCAAUCUCGAAGUGACUCGGUAGGCGAGGUUACCAUGUCCAGACAUGCCGCUGCGGAGAACAAUCUCGUACUGGACAAGCUGCAACUGGUCAUGAAGUGGGGUGGGGAGCCUACGCACUCGGCAAGAUACCAGUCCGCCGACUUGGGCGAAAACAUGCGCAACGACCUACUUUUGAUGAACAAAGAGGCCCUCUCGGAUGUGUCCAUCUUCACUUCAUCUGAACGACGGGUGACCACUUCCGCUCAAAUAUUCGCUGGUGGCUUCCUGGGUCAAGCGGAUGUAGACACUCGGCAGAUCCGGGUUCGAAAAGAUCUGCUGGAUGACUCGAACGCUGCGAAAGAUGAAAUGGACAAAGUGAAGAAGAAGCUGAAGGGGCUCUUGCGACAAGGCAAUGCAGCGCCUGAGCAAUUCGCGUGGCCGAAAGACGGUACACCCGAACCAUACGUGGUGGUGCGAAACGUCGUCGAGCUCAUGAAGUUUCAUCGCCGAGUCAUGCGUGACAACGUGUCCAAAUUGGGCUCCGAAGCCACUCGCGCCCUUGCCAACGGUGGCGAGUCGAUCAGCCAGGCUUCGUCCGUGCAAGCUAGAUGGUGCACGGGCGAGGAUGCAGAGUUGUUCAAGGAGCGAUGGGAGAAGCUGUUCAACGAAUUUACGGAUGCGGAAAAGGUUGAUCCUAGCAAGAUCAGCGAGCUAUACGACACGAUGAAGUUUGACGCGUUGCACAACCGACAAUUUCUCGAGUGGGUCUUUACGCCGAGUCAAAGCUUCAUGGUGGAAGAAGGCGAGGAGGACGACCGUGUCCUGCGACGCACAGAGUCCGUCGUUGCGCGAGAGGAGUUUGCGCAUACUCAUGACGGGACUGCUCCGCUCGUAUCCGCUGUGGACUCGAAAGUCCGCAAUGAUGCUCGACUGGAGAAGCUGAACGAGCUGUACGGUCUUACGAAGAUUCUGUUUGAUUUCAUCGGCCCGCAGGAGUACGGCAUUACGAAUUCCGAAAAGCUGGAAAUUGGACUCCUGACCAGUCUGCCGCUUCUGCGAGAGAUUGUCAAGGACUUGGAAGAAGUGCAAGCAUCGGACGAUGCGAAAUCGUUCAUCUACUUCACCAAGGAAUCGCACAUUUACACACUGCUCAACUGCAUAUUGGAGGGCGGCAUCCAGACCAAGAUUGCCCGCAACGCCAUCCCGGAGCUCGAUUAUCUCUCGCAAAUCUGCUUCGAGUUGUACGAAUCGGAGAACGCGGAGGCAGACAUCGACCCCGCGAAUCCCGAGACGAACUUCAACUACUCGAUUCGCAUCACGAUGAGUCCGGGCUGCCACACUUUCGAUCCGCUGGAUGUGCAGUUGGAUAGCAAGCACUGCAUUGGCUGCGCCCCGCGCCGGAGUCUGACGCCGCACGCGAACUGGAGGGACGUGAUUGAAACCCUGCGUGCCAAAUUCGACACUGUCAAGCUGCCGACGUCGUUUGUAGCGGUCAACUUGUCCGAGAAGAUCCCGCAGGAGUUUGUGAGUAAGGAGGCCGCGGCGGGGCUAAGUGAUGAUGUGUAG